UUUGACAAUCUUCAAUGCACAACCAUGACACUGAGUUGGGCAGAGAUACAGAGAGCCGACAAAUAUUGUUCUCAAAGACCCGAGGAGCAAAAGACUAUAUCAAUCAUCCAAGACUUACUCGACAAGUCAAAUAAUCCCAAAUCAGCCGCUCAUGGCAUCGCCACUACCUAUGAGCCUCUUCUACUGGAAGGAGAGAAGAUAUCAUGUCGUCUUUCUUCCCUGAUAUCUCGCGCAAUCAUACAUCCAACAACUACAUUCGAAGACCAUCGCCGCAUCGCCGAGAUGCUGGUUCGACUCUCUAAACUACCCGACAUAAUCGUCGACGGCAAACUCUUCCAAGAAAAUGGAAGAACUUACUGGCGCUCCAUCCCCGAAUUCAGUUUCUGGUUCUCUGAGACCGCUCUGAGUGCACGUGUGANNACGAUUGAGAGUCUAGAUCUGGGCAACUGCCCAAUAACCUGGCAUGAACAAGCCCAACAGUACAAACACGCCAACAUCUUUGCAGCAAUCUAUACUUCUGCACUGAAUCCUUCAAUCACACAAGAAUGGAGAGGCAUGCAAUGCAUCGCCAGAGACACCUUGACACAAGCCCUAGAAGUAGAAAUCACAACCCACCCCCAGAUCCGCCGCGCAGGAAUCUAUAUCCCAGCUGCUGCUGCAUGGCUGACUCAUGCUGGCGCUCACCUCUGGAAUUUUUGCAAGAACAGAGAGCUAUGUGAAGGCAAGAUAUGGAAAGAAUGGAUUGGUGGCAGUGAUGGAAGUAAACCUUUAUGGAAUGGAGAUGACGGGUUUAGUGUUGAGCGAUGGGCAUUUUGGAAAACGAGGUUUGGGGAUGUGGCGGGUUUGAAGCAGAGCGGAUUUGCUGGACGUAUGGUUAAUGAUGUUGUGAUGUGUGCGAGGAUGGCGGUCAAGGCGAUGCAUGAAGUUGAACAGGAGGAUGCGUUUGCGCUUGAUGGAUCGUUGCUUGCACUCGAGUCUGGUGACGAAGUUGCAAGCUACAGAUCGGAAUAUGGGAGGGACGGACUUGAC